AUGAGGACAAAUAUGGGCGAUCAAGAUGAUUUAAGACUUCAAAUACGAUCCACUUUGAUGUCUAUUCACGAUAUCGAAUAUUUUAGAAAUGUAAGGGAUCCAACAAAGAGAACAGAAAUGGAUCGUGUUUUGAAACAAUUCGUAUUCAAAUAUCUUUAUUUCUUGAUCACAGAUUCAGGCAGAUACUUGAAUUCUUUAUUCCCCAACAAAAAUUCGUAUGUUACCAGUCUAGAUCAAGUCUUCGACGUCAAUUUUGUCACCGAUUUCUAUAAGAUUAGUUUGAAUUCAAUUAAUAAAAACCAAAUGUUUAGACAUCAAGGUAGAAACUGUGGCAGAAAAUUUAAAGUAGGCGAACCUCUAUACAGAUGCCAGGAGUGUGGGUACGACGAUACCUGUGUGCUAUGUAUCCAUUGUUUUAAUCCAAAGGACCAUGAAAAUCAUCAUAUUUAUAUCGAUAUUUGCAACGACUUCACAAGCGGUAUCUGCGACUGUGGUGAUGAAGAAGCAUGGCAUAAUAAAUUGCAUUGUAAAGCAGAUGCAGAUGUAGAAAACAAAGUAAAUAAGAAUAAUAGUAAUAGUAACGAUGAUAAUGAUGAAAUUAUGACGGAUAACCCAGAUGUUAAUAUAGACGAAAAUAAUAACAAUCUGUUAUAUAAUGAACGACUUUUAGAAAUCGUUUUAUCCGAAAUAUUCGAUUAUUUUAUUGAUGUGUUCAAUCAAAGUAUCGAACCUUUACCAACAUUCACCUCAGACAUAACAUUGAAAUUAAGAGAAAUGAUUCAAAAUGAUAACAAAGAUUUAAUGUAUGAGUUUUUAAACGACUUAAGUUAUAGAAAUGAUGGAAUUGAACCAAGAAUCGGAAAACCAGAAAAUUAUACAGUAAUGGUUUACAAUGAUGAGUACCAUAAUUAUUCUCAGGCUACCACAGCAUUAAGACAAGGUGUUCCUGACAAUAUCCACACUGAUAUAUUGACUUCUAACAUCGACAGUGAAGGUAGAGCAAUGCUGAAGUGUUCAGAAGAUAUUCAUUCUUUAACAGAUGGAUUUUUUGCCGUCCAAACUAAUGGGUUGAGUGCUACCUUAAUCUCUUGGAGUGAAUAUAUCCAUCAAGAGGCUUGUAAGUAUAUUGUACAAUGGUGUAAUCAUUGCUUAAAUAUUCCAAAUCACGAUUUCCAAACAAUAUUUAGAGAUACACUAGGCAAAGUUUUAUGCUCAGAAUAUCCCUGUUAUAAAGAAAAGACUAAUAUGUAUGACACAAUCUCUAAAUAUUUUGUAAACAAAUUGUCACCUACAAACCCAUACAGAUGUCUAGAUUGUUCAAUCCUCAACGAAGAAAAUAGAAUUCCUAUUGGUCAUCAUAAAAGAGUCUCUCAGUCAGAUUUGACUUCUAUCUCUAAUUCUUUAAAUAAAAUAGAACAUGUAAUGGACAGAAAAUAUGCAAAUUCAAGACUUCAAUACAUCUUAUUUUUUGAUAACAGAUAUUGGAAACGGUUCAGAAAAGAUAUACAAAAUUUGAUUAUUCCAACAUUAUCCUCAUCAGUAACUUAUAAGCCAGUUUUUUGUGAACAAUUGGUUCAAAUAUUCAACCAUUUGACAAGGUCUAUAACGUAUAUGGAUAGAGAACCUCAACUGACAGCCUUAAGAGAAUGUAUUGUCCAAUUAUUUACGUGUCCUACCAAUGCGUUGAUGAUUUUUAAUCAUCCAAAUAAUUAUUUUAUUGAUAUUCUAUGGUCCAUCAUUGAUAUAUUUGUUGAAUUUUGCAAGUUUGAGAACAGUACUUUAAUAUGGCAAAGAGUGCAAAAAUCAAAUCCAACCAUGAGUUAUGGCAUCUCAUUUAAACAAGGAUUAUACACUAUUGAAACCUUGUUAAGCAAAGUUGAGGAUUCUAGUAUGAUUAUGCAACCAAUGGAAUUUAUCUCAUUGGUAACCCUAUGUAAGCUUUUCAAUGGUGCAUGGAAAAUUAAGCGUAAAGAAGGUGAUCAUGUCCUACAUGAAGAUCAACAUUUCAUCCCUUAUCUAGAAUACACUACAACCAUAUAUUCUAUUAUUCAAACGAUUGAAAAUAGAUUGGUUCACAAACCAUGUUCUGAACAACUUUUAUUAAAUUGUAUUAGUUUACUGAAUACCUUCUUAAGUCAUAAAUCCUUGACAUACAAAUUGGUAAAUAAUACCCAUGAAGUAGUUAAAUUCGUAGUUAGUAAUGAUAGAGUUGCAUUUAUGAAUCCUGUUCAAACACUGUUCUCAUUUUUGAUUGAAAAAGUCCCAUUACAUAAAGCGUAUGAAGCAGUCAUGUAUUCAGAUGCAGUGUCAAGUCCAAACCCUGAAGAAACCAUUUCAGAAAGGAAAUCUGUUUUCGACUUCUUAAAAAUAUCUGACUUUUCAUUACGUUCCGUUGUUUUAUGUUCACAGAUUGAUAUUGGAUUCUGGGUUAGAAAUGGUGUCUCUGUACUACAUCAAGCUUCAUAUUACAAAAAAAAUCCUGAAUUGAAUUCAUAUUCAAGAGAUAUACAUUUAAAUCAACUAGCACUUUUAUGGGAAACUGAUGAUAUCCCAAGAAUCAUAUACAAUAUGCUUGAUAGAUGGGAAAUGUUGGAUUGGUUUACAGGCAAACUGACAUAUGACGAUACAGUAUACAAGGAUAAAAUCUCAUCACUAAUUCAACAAUUUAUUACCUUUGUUUAUGAAGUAUUAUCUGAGAGACAAUUUUAUCAAAAAUUCGAUUCACAAGAAGAAAGGCAAAUGGCUUUUAUUAAAAAUGCCAUUAUCUAUAGUUUAUAUCAAAAACCAUUACCUUAUUCAAAACUUUUAAGACUCGUCCCUGACUAUUACACGGAAAAUGCCACAGAUUUUGAUAAAGCUUUAUAUGAAGUAUCAAUCUUUGUUGAACCAAAGGGAUUAGCUGACAACGCCGUUUUUAAAUUGAAAGAUGCAUAUUACUCAAAAAUCGAUCCACUAAGAUUAUCCAACCUUGGGAAUGAGUUUGAAAAUAGUGCAACUGUUAUAAAAACACAUAUAGCCAAAACUAAACAAGAGGAUGUGUCAAAAAUAAUAUUACAACCACAGUUGAUAUCUCCUAAACACUUGGAUCCAGACGUUAAGCAUAUCGGUGAUUUCACACAUAACACUGUUUUUGUUAAAGUUAUCUAUAAAUUGUUACAAAUUUCACUAGACAAAGAAGAUACCACAUAUUUAAAUGAAUUGUUACACUUAAUUCAUGCUAUAUUCAAGGAUUAUGAGCAAAUCCAUGGUAAGCAAGCUAUUCCUGAGACAUACAUACAAUUACCAAUUUGCAAUCUUUUCUUAUCUAUCGUUAAUUCUAAAAGUGCAGUCUUUUCUGAAAGUAUUGUAAAUAAAGCAGAUUAUUUGUUAGAGAAAAUGAUAAUGAAGAAAUCAGAGGAAAUAUUUUCUAUAUUAACCUAUAGCUUUGGUAAAGAUUGUGUAGAUACAUACAAGAAACGUAAACUAAAUCAAGGUAUCAACCUUGAAGAGACAGAGAGAGAAAGAAAGAAAAGAUUAGCUAAGAAACAUCAAGCUAAAAUGAUGGCCAAGUUUAAUAACUUACAGAGUAAAUUUAUAAAGGAGCACGAAGAAGCCUUCGAAGAAUCAAAUAUAGAAGAAGAUGGUGAUGUUGAUAUGAUGCAUAAAGAAAAAGUUAUGGAGGGUGAAGAAUUCAGUUGUUCAUUAUGUCAAGAUAAUACAUCUAAUGAUACUUUUGUCAUUCCAAUAUAUCAAGAUUAUUCACCUGUAUUCCGUCCUUCAAACAUUUCAAAUUCGCAUGAUUACAUGCUACCAUGGAAUGGUUUUUAUAAUAACAACGAUCUUUCUGGGAUGGUCCAAUCCCCUUCCACAAUUAAAAGCAUGAAACAAUUUAAUAAGGAUAAUUCUAGAAAAGUUUUUGUUUCCUGUAAUCACCAUAUCCACUACAAUUGUUUCAAAAGAUACGUACAAAAGAAAAGAUUUUCAUUAACUUCAUUUAUAUGUCCACUUUGCCAAACCUAUUCAAAUUGUGUGAUACCAAUUUUUUCUGGAGUAGGAUUUUCAAGAGAAAGAUCGACAGAUUCGAUUACAAAUGACGCAGGUGAGGAAGUUUUAACCUUAGAUUUCUUGUUAACACAAAAUUGUUCCCUAGAAAUAUUAACAAAAGCCUUAAAACCUACAAGUGCUAGUGAUGCCAAGACCCUUUACUCUAUAUUUGAAAUGAUCUUUAAGGAUUCUCAUUCGUUUGAUAAAGAAAUCUCAAGGAGCAAAGAUUUUAAUAAAAACAAUACAUCUGUUAUAUUAGCAAACCAUUGGGCAAACACUAUAUCAAUGCUGGAAAUCUCAUCACGUUUGGAUAAAAAUACGAAUUGCGACUUUUUGAGCAACAAAGAGCAAAAAUUCAAAACUUUAAGGAAUAUGCUAUUAACCAUAAUUUUAAUGUUUAAUAUUAUUGGUAAGCCAGAAAAUGAAUUUGAACCAUAUAAAGAAUCUAACCAUCCUGUGGAAAAUAAAGUUUUUCAAGAUAUUGUACGCGGUGCAUUAUUCUUUAAUAAUGGUAAAACUUUGAAACAAAUCAUAUUAGAUGUGCUAUUGAGCUAUAUUAAGACCAUCAUAAAGAAAGUAGUUUCUAGUGAUCGUUUUACUAAACAGACAAUGAAUUUCCCCAAAGAUGCCCAAUUUUAUCAUUGUAAUGAAGGUGUGAAGCAAUUAUUUACUAGUCUAAUUAGUAAUUGUGUCAUGAUGCAAGAUGGUUUAACAAAUUAUGAUUUAGCAUAUUCAUGCAUUUUAAGACAUCUAAGACCUACUUUAAGGAGAUGCUUAAUAAUGUUUAAAGUAUUUUAUAAUUUGAUCAAUGAUAAUGAUUCCAAGACAUUUAUUUUAGGCAGUAUAAAUUUAGAGAACAUCACAGAUUCUUCAGAAGAUUGUUUACCUCAAUAUAUUGAUAAGUUGGUUAAUAUCACUACACCAGUUGAGAAUUUUGCACAGCUGCUAACCAUCAUCGUUAAUUCUAAGGAUUCUAUGGAAAAUGUUAAGGAGUAUCCAAUUGAGAAUUGUGGUAUAAUUAAAUUGAUUAAUCUUUCUGAGUAUUUAAAUACAUAUGUCACAAAAGCACCGGAAAUGAAAUUACGCGAGGAGAAUCAACAUGUUAAAAACAGUAAGAAUAGAUUAGAUUUUAAGAUAUGUUUGACAUGUGGUGUAAAGAUCCAUCACACAAUCGAACACCAUGAAAUGACUCGCCACCUAAUGAAGCAUUGUUUUCAAUCCUUUGGUGUUUUUUUAUUGCCAAAUACAUCAGAGAUAUGUUUAUUACUUACUAUGCCAUCUUCACAUAUCUUUAUAUCAGCCCCAUAUUUGAAUUCACAUGGUGAAGCCGGCCGAAAUGCAAUGAAACGUGGUGAUUUGACUAAGUUAAAUAUGAUCAGGUAUGAACAUUUGAAUAAACUUUGGAUCAACAAUGAAAUUCCUGGAUAUAUCAGUAGGGUGAUGGGUGAUGAGUUCAGAUUAUCUAUAUUAUCCAAUGGAUUUUUAUUUACAUUCAAUAGAGAUCCAAGAGUAAGACGUGUACCAUUCGUGAACAAUAGAGAUAUUGAUGACGAUGACAUUGAAGAUGAAGAUAUAGAGAUAGAUAUAGAUGAAGGAGCCGAUGAUUUUGGAUUUGAAGAAAAUGCAGACGAAAAUUAUGAUGAUGAUGAAAGGGGUCUUGGUGUUGAAGACGAUAGUGAGAGCAGUAGCAGUGAUGAUGAUGCCAAUCAAAGGGGUUUCAGAGGGCCUAAUGGAGCUACAACGGUAGGAGACGUACGUAAUUUCUUUCAAAUUUUUGAAAUUCUACGUAAUGGACCAGACGCUAAUAGAGACACUCCUGGAGGCAUUGAUUUAGCUACACCAUUCUUUGAAUUAUUAGGAGAGCCUCAAUUUCCAACUGAAAAUAUGCAGCCAGAAGCUAUGAAUGAUGAUGAAGGUUCUGAUCAAGAACAAGAGACUCAAGAAAAUGAUACAUCCGAUCACAACUAG